AUGAAGGUCGCCUCCCUCUUCCUCUCCGCCGCUGGCGCCGCCUCGGCCUUGACCAUUGCCGAGAUCAACGGCAACAAGUUCCUCUCCCCGUACAAGGACCAGUCCGUGACCAACGUCACCGGUCUUGUUCUCGCAAAGGGACCUGCCGGAAUCUGGAUCCGCUCGACGACGCCCGAUGACGACGCUGCCACCUCCGAGGCGCUCUACGUUUACGGCAGCACCGUUGGCGCGAACUUGACCGUAGGCGACCUCAUCACUCUGGAUGGAAAGAUCCAGGAGUACAGGUCCGCCACGAACUACAUCUAUCUCACAGAGCUCAGCUCCCCCAAGAACGUCGUCGUCGUUUCAAAAGGUAACGCGGUCACCCCGCUCGUCAUCGGCGUCGACACCCUGCCCCCGCCGACGGAGCAGUACAGCGGCCUCGACGGCGGCGACGUCUAUGCCGUCCCCAACGCCGUCGCCAACAUCUCCACCGAGAACCCCGUCCUCAACCCGGCCCUCUACGGCCUCGACUUCUGGGAGUCGCUGAGCGGCGAGCUCGUCACAAUCAAGAGCCCCGUUGGCAUCUCUCGCCCCAACCAGUACGGCGACACCUGGGUCAUUGGCGACUGGCCCGUCACCGGCCGCAAUGCGCACGGCGGUCUCACCAUGUCUGACAAGGACUCCAACCCCGAGGCCAUCAUCAUCGGCUCCCCCCUCGACGGCACAAAGAACCCCGAGUCCAAGAUGGGCGACGAGCUCACCGAGAUCACCGGCAUCGUCACAAACGCUUUCGGCUUCUACCGCAUUCUGCCCCUGACCGGCAUCACUAUCGCAAAGAACGCCACCAACAACGCGCCCGCCACCACCCUCGUCAGCCGCGGCGACUGCAGAGGCAUCACAGUCGGCGACUACAACGUCGAGAACCUCUCUCCGACCGUCGCCCACCUCCCCUCCGUCGCCGCCCACAUCGUAGACUACCUCAAGACCCCCGACCUCGUCUUCGUCCAGGAGAUCCAAGACGACAACGGCGCCACCAACAACGGCGUCGUCUCCUCCAACCUCACCCUCUCCACCUUGACGGCAGCCAUCGAGACCAAGUCUGGUGUCGCGUACGACUGGGUCGUCAUCGACCCCGUCGACGGCAAGGACGGCGGCCAGCCGGGCGGCAACAUCCGCGUCGCGUACCUCUACAAGCCCGACGUCGUCGAGCUCUACAAGCCGAACCCGGGCGGCGCCCUCGACGCCAAUGAGGUCCUCGAAGGCCCCGCGCUCAAGUACAACCCGGGCCGCAUCGACCCCACCAACACCGCGUGGGACGCCAGCCGCAAGCCCCUCGUUGCGCAGUGGCGCGCCGUUAACGGGCCCGUGAACAAGACCUUCUUCACCGUCAACGUGCACUUUGCGUCCAAGGGCGGUUCCUCGUCUCUGCACGGCGACCCCCGUCCUCCCGUCAAUGGCGUCGUGAACCCGCGUAUCGAGCAGGCUAAGAUCACCGGCUCCUUCAUCGCCGAGAUCCUUGCUCUCGACGCAAACGCCCGCAUCAUCACCGCCGGCGAUUUCAACGAAUUCGCCUUCGUCGAGCCCCUCAAGGUCUUCGCUUCCACCUCGGGUCUCAUCGACCUCGAUGAGGCGGUCGGCGUCCCCGUCGAGGAGCGCUACACCUACGUCUACGACAUGAACGCGCAGGAGCUGGAUCACAUGUUUGUCAGCCCCGCGCUGGCGAACAAGAACGGCACCGCGUACGAGCACAUCCACGUCAACUCGUGGGAGCUGUAUGAUGAUCUUGUUAGCGAUCAUGAUCCUUCUGUUGCGCUGUUCAAUGUUUGUGGAUGUUAG